CCAGGUCUUCACCCUGAGAGUUCUGGAGCCAUGAUUUCACAGCCUUUUGAUUGCACUUUCUUUGUGAUAGCAUGCAUUUUUUUCAAAUGCUGCUUUGCUUUUGACAUGGGUGCAGAACAAACUAAAAAUGAUGCUACAGAAGUAUUCUACAAUCUCAAGGUGCUACAGCAUGAAAGUCCGAGUAAUUUAACAUUAAAUCAGGCAAGGAAUGGAGGAAGGCAACCUAACCCUUCAGACCUGGAUCAUAAAGAUCGAUCUCAAGUUGGUUGUCGUGAGCUCAGAUCAACCAAAUACAUUUCUGAUGGUCUGUGCACAAGUAUCAAUCCAGUGAAGGAGUUAGUGUGUGCAGGAGAGUGCUUACCUGUGCCAGUGCUUCCCAAUUGGAUUGGAGGUUAUGGCAGAAAAUACUGGAGUAGAAGGAACACACAAGAGUGGCGCUGCGUGAAUGACAAGACUCGCACUGAGAGAAUUCAGCUCCAGUGCCAGAAUGGAGGGACACGAACCUACAAAAUCACUGUAGUUACUUCUUGCAAGUGCAAAAGAUACACACGACAACACAAUGCAUCAAGCAUUGCCAACUUUGAGGACGCAUUUCCAGCAAGCAAGAGAAGAUCCCGAGGCAAAAAAAGAUCCCGUAAGAUUCACCAAGAGGAGACCAAACGUAAAAGAAAUUGGCAUGAAUUGGAAGAUAAACAGUGAUUAUUUGCACCACAUGAACUGUACUAUGUAAGAAUGAACUGCCUAUGUUGAUGUUCUGCAUAUUAUCAAACAAGUUUAUUCCAUAUUUUUUAGUAUGAUUAAUUAAAGAAGGAUUAGUUUAUAGUCCAGCAGAUAAGUAUUAUCCACCCAGACUCCUGAAUGAAAACAUGUAUGCUCAGGAACCUGGACACAUUAAUAUUUUCAAUAGCAUUCCUUACUCUGCACCUUUCAUUUAAAAAGAUAAUGGCAGCACUUUUGGAUAAUUAAUAAAAUGAAAACAUAAUAAGGCAGUGAAUAAUAAUUAAGUUAUAUGAUUCAAACUAGUAGAUUAUUAUUCCCACUAAUUGAAUAAACCAAGCUAUGAAUUAUAAUGGUUUUAAUUUCAUCAUCAAAUUAAUUGCAGCAAUUGAAGCUAUACAGAUAAAUAUUGUUGGAUGAAAUUCUAACCUGCCCAGUGCUCCACAUAUAUUAAAUAUGUUAUUCUCAAAUCUUUUGUGUAUACAGAAUGUACACAAGUGUUUUCAUCUUCAAUGCAGAACAAGAGGUUGUACAAGGGCUUAAAGUAACGAUACCUGGUCAAUCCUGAUAAUUCAACUCUUCAGUUUUCCAGCAGAAAGUUAUACCCAUUGCUGUUCUAUGUUUGGAAACAAGGUUCACUUCACACAAAACAUAUCAAACCCUUAUGAUAUUUCAACUUUUAAGGCAAUAGCACACAAACGUUUAUUUAAUGUUCAAGGACAAUAUAAGUGGAUUAUCAUAUUAAAUCAAAUUAAGGGACAGAGACUUCAACAGUUAAACAAGCAUUGUUGUCUAUUUAUUGUUUUUCAAUGUGAUUAUUUAAUGAACAAUUGCUUUUGGUUCUAAAGAAUUAUUAAGCAUACAUUUUUAUGGUCUUGUCAUGUAUCUGAAUAUUUUCAAGUUUAAUAGUAGCAGAUUAGAAUACGUGCAAAUAAUGUAGUCUAACUUUUGUACAGGUAUUGGCAUUCUUUCUAUACAUAUUUUCAAUUUUUAAUUUAGACAUCCGGUUGCAAGGUUUAUUAGAGUAUGAUAAACUCUUGUUAUCUUUACUUAACCAAUAAAUGAGAUGGAAAGAUCUGUACCUUCUACAGAACACACUUAAACAGAUUUUUUUGU